CGGCGGCGGCAUGUGCUGCGACUGGCCUAAUUUGUUAGUUUACAACUUACGCACAUUGACUAGCACCAACUGCUAUUCUGCUAUUAGCUCCCUAAUUGCAUUCACUCGUUAUUCGCACAGCUCCCUUGUGAGGAAUGUGUGGCGGCCAAUCUAUUCUAUGCACUCAGUUCACUGGACUACACUGCCAGACCCGACCCACUUUGCCAAAUAUCUUCUUACCAACAAUAACACCCCUGUACAAACAAAUCGCUUCUUCCCUCUUCCAGAUCCAGAUUACCUCCCCCCUUUCUCUCUCUGUUUAAUUUCCACCUGCCACAACCUGUCCAAAUUGCCACCUUCUAUCCCAGUUGAGGGGGAUGAACAGGAGUGUGUACUGAUGUAGAUGAAAAGAAGCCACUAAUCUUCCAACAAUUUUCAAUUCAGUUUAAAGUGAUUCAUAACUUCACUUAUUUCUACUAUGUUCAUUCUCCCAACAAACACUACUACCCAUUACGUCAUAAAAAAACUACAACUUUAACAAUAAUCAAUUUUUUCUUUAACAAAUUUAUCAUUAGCUUUGAAAAAGUCAAUUGAAACCACUAUAAGCCCAAAAAAUCACCGAACACUUCAGUUUUUAGGUAAAAAUCCGCACAUCACUCGAAUCUUCUGAAAAUUCAAGGCGGUUCCCAAAAAGAAUUAUGUAUUCUUACUUGAAAUGAUCCCUUCCUACUUAAGCUGAUUCAACAUUUCUUCAACCCUUUGAACUUGGGUGUUUUUUUUUUAAUUUGUCGGCUACUUGGGGAGUGUUAAAAGCUGAACAGAACACACCGUGCUGCCGUAAUUUGUUAGGAAUCUGCGGUUGAGAGAAAUCUGCUUGGUAAACUGCACAGUUCACCCAUGGUGUUAAUAGAAUCAUAACAUCUCACUUUAUUGGGGGGUUGUGUCAAUACGGCUUUUAACACACAGCUCCUCUUCCACACUCAAUUCCCCCGAGGCGAGGUUGAACCCAGUGGGGAAAUAGAGGAGCACUUAUCUGAUUGGAGUGUGUCUUCUCUAAUUAACUUCCUAAUUACUUCUUGUCAUCUUCCCCACUCACUCUCCAACCCUCAUUUGAACUAUUUUUAACCGCAUAUUCGCCUUCUUCCUUCCACCAACCCCCAAUGCAUUUUUCAUUGAAAGAGGCUUCUUGCGAUGCAGAUGAAAUUUGACUGGAAGGAGGGAUGGAAUUUCAGUCCAAUCAUUAGGAACGAAUUAGCAACUGUAUAUUACUUCUCUUCUAUUCUCCUCACAAAAUGUCAGCAGAGUUGAUAAAUACUGAAUAUUAGAAGUGCAAGUCAUCCUUUUCACACUAAACAGUAAACACUUUACACAGGCAAACACAAGUUUACUUGACCUGUCUGUUGGCCAUUUGUCAAAUAAUUAUCAUUAUCAUAACUUACACAAUUUCGAAAACCAGUGGCAUUUUUGAACUUGUCUUAAUUUCACUAAAUGGAAAUAAACCGAACCGGUCUUACUCAUUCAUUUCACAGUCUCUGUUUAAUUGAGCUACCUGUUCAUUUACUCUUUGUUCAUUCGGUCAAGGGGGGGGGGGGGGUAAGAAAUAAAAGUUCACUAUCAUUCAACUAGUCCAUCCACGUCCUUUUUCUUCAUUUGUCAUGGCCAGCAGGCAAAUUCAUUCAUUCGUUUUCUACAUGAACAUCUGAAAAACUAAAACCCAUCUUAUAAUUUGACAUAAUUCGUGAUGAUUGAUGAGUAAACUAUUUAAAGAAUAGCUUCAACAUCAACCAACUCAAUUUGAAGAGGACCUUUUCAUCCAUGGCAUGCUGGUAUGUUAUAUGCACAGUAAAAACAAAAUAUUUAUCCGGUUGUGACAACCUCAAAAACAGAAAUAGACGAGCAAAUCUCAAAUCUGAUUUCGCUCAUAAUAAUUUGCCCACUUUCUAUAGCUGACGUUCUUUUUGCAUCACAUUUGGGCUCUCUCACUUAUAAUGUGCUGAGAAUGAACUUAGGACAGUAGUGGCGGAUGUGAUGUAAGAUACACUGCAAUAACUGGUGGCUCAAUAGUUACAAAAGAAGAAGGCUCGCUGCUGCUUCUGCUGCUGCUGCUUAUGAUGAUGAUCAAGUGAGGAGAGGAGGCUAACAGCUUCUUCAUUGGCAUAACUCGAGUGUAGACUAACUACUACUAUAAACAAAUGUACUUCCCAUUGGCCAGGCUUUGUUCAGAGAAGUUGGCCAAUUAAUCACACUUAUCUGGACUGGUAACUAGUAGAGGAUAGAUAAUUAAUUAUCAGUUGUUCGGCGGUUCAGUGUUACUUGUGUUUUUUUCUCUCUCUCUCCUGCGAAUAGCGGAAGAGGAGCGACCAAAGAAGUGGAGAGGAGCUAGAUGAACAUGGUGUACAGAAGUGUGGCCACCAACAGGGCCAAUGUCAAAGGAAAACGCCUCAGACUUCUGCAGUUCAAACUGCGUCAGCGGCAGAUGACUGUGGACGAGAAGAGGAGGAGGAGACAGCACAUGCUGCAGUACUGGAAGAACAGCAUCAAGUGGAUUCUCCUCUGUCUAUUCCUAGUUCUACUCGGCAUCUACCUCUGUGUGGCAAGUCUGGUGUGUGGACACUACAUACUAACGCCGGGGAGCAACCUAAUCAGUUAUCAGCAAAUCAAAACCCAGAUAUCAAGAGCAACAUUCAGUCAGGCUUUCUUUUACAAGCUUCUAUUCUACUGUCGAUAUAUUGGCGCUAUUUUGAUGGGCAUUGGUGUAUUCGAUUUGGUGCUGGUGAUUGUUUAUACAUUUUGGGCGACCAAUGAGCGUGUGAAGGUGUGGAAUUAUCAAAAGCAACGACAUCUUAUUGUCACGGCAUACAAUUCGAACUAG